UUGCUCCGCUUAAGUUUGGUCUGAAGCGUUUGCCGUGGCCGUGGCUCAAACGCAUGCGCAUUCAUCCCCGCCGGAGAAGCGGCCUCCUCGUUGAGGGGCUGGCGUAUGUUUUUUUUAAAAGUAGCUUUUUUUUAACAUAAUUACGUGUUUUUACCGAAUACAUGUUAUCGUGUUUUCUUUCCGAAUCCUUGAAGAAAUGAACAAUAAAUUCCAAGCUCUGAAAGAUGAUGACAGUGGGGACCAUGAACACAACGAAGACAAUGAGCCACUGAAGGAAAAAGAAACAGAAUUAUGUGAACAGGAAAAGACACAAAGCACUGCCAAAAGAAAGGCAGUGACACCUGGGGCUGGCGAGCACCCUCUACAGUAUAACUACACCUUCUGGUACUCCAGGCGUACACCCAGCAGACCAGCUAACACCCAGAGCUAUGAGCAGAACAUUAAACAGAUUGGAACAGUUGCCUCAGUGGAACAAUUCUGGAGGUUCUACAGCCAUCUGGUGCGGCCAGGUGACUUGACAGGGCACAGUGAUUUCCACCUCUUCAAGGAGGGUAUCAAACCCAUGUGGGAGGAUGAAGCCAACAAGAAUGGUGGCAAAUGGAUAAUACGUUUGCGCAAAGGCCUGGCAUCCCGAUUCUGGGAAAACAUCAUCCUAGCCAUGUUGGGAGAGCAAUUUAUGGUCGGAGAGGAAAUCUGUGGAGUCGUGGUAUCAAUCCGAUUUCAAGAGGAUAUAAUCUCGGUAUGGAACAAAACUGCUAGUGAUCAAGCAACUACUGCUCGGAUACGUGACACGUUACGCCGUGUAUUGAACCUGCCACCCAGCACUAUUAUGGAGUACAAGACACACACAGACAGCAUCAAGGACAAUUCAAGCUUCCGGAACACAAAGAUUGCAGUGUGAUGCAGAAUUCCAUGGAGCACAUGCCUCGGUGUGGCAAGUGGUGGAGCGCCAAAACACAGAGAGAAAAAUAGAUUGGUGUUGGACACCCUCUCACUUUGGUGUUAUUUAUUGGCCAACCAAACAGAAGCCAUUUUAUUUCUGCAUUUUGUUUUAUUCCCUUGUUGAACACAGCGGUUUAUCAUGGAACCUUAAGUGGGUUUCUCAUCAGCCACAUUGGACAGAAGGCGCAGUCUGGGAGUGUCUUCUUUUCCCAGUAAUCAGACUGUCUUUGUCUUUGUUGCUGUGUCCUCAUUGGCAGAUAAUGACCUCAUGCCUUGCCUCAAGAACUGAAUGGAUUUGUUGUCUUAAACCUCCAGGUUCAGGAUAGAAUAUUAUCCUACUGUUGUGCUAUCUGUUUGAAUUUCCUUUUCUAUGAUAGAGUAGAACUGAAAUGCAUACAGUUUUUGAAACAAAUAUUUUAAAGUGCAUGAAACUGCACUAGGUAGAUAAUAUUUGCAGGAAGACUUAAUGUAUUAGUAUUAAAUAUCUUGGUCUUAGAGAGGUACUAACAUGUUUAAAAUAAAUACAUUAAUGUUACAUUUAAAGUACUGCACAUAGGUGUUCAGUGUUACCAAAUUAAGCCUUUGUUUCCAACAAAAUAAUCUCAAAGUCAGUGUUCCCCAAAAAAUAUUAAUAUAAUUCUUGUCACAAUAAACAAUCAAAACACUUCUCUCA